GGAUUCGAUGUCCGAUGGGUAUCUGCAACGCCCCCGCGACCUUCCAGCGAGCCAUGAACAUGGCUUUCCAAAAUUUCGUGCGGAAGACUCGUUCCGCGCAGAGCAUCAUCAACUACUGCGUAAUUGUGUACAUGAAUGACAUUUUGGUGUACUCGAGUUCCUAUGAGGGACACGUGCAGCACAUCGAAUGGGCGUUGCACGCGUUACGAGAUGCGGGUUUCAAAGUGGCGCUUGAGAAGUACAAAGGACUUCAACUGGAACCGCAGAAGGUGGCAGUUGUCAAGGAUGCGCCGGUGCCUACAACUAUCACGCAAGUUCACGCCUUUCUGGACCUGGCCUCGUACUACCGAAGAUUUAUCAAGGGCUUCGCGACGAUUGCGGGACCCCUUACAAAUCUGCUGCGCAAAGAUCGGUCGUUGAUCUGGAUGCUGGAGUGCGAUCAAGCGUUUUCCAAACUCAAGGCCGCACUCAUUUCGGCUCCGGUCCUUAUAAGACUGGAUCCCGAAAAGCCUUUUGUUCUCAUCACUUACUGGCAGCCAGAAGCAUUUUCGGCGAUCCUUGCCCAGGUGGGACUAAGCGGACUCGAGAAUGUGGUGGAAUAUGCAUCCAAAUCGAUGCCCGUUUGCAAGCGCAACUACGUCGCUCCAACGGGAGAAUGCUACGCGGCUCUCUGGGGAAUCAGUCACUUUCGCGCGUACCUGUACGGGCGAAAAUUCACCCUGGUAACUGAUCAUGAGCCCUUGUUGGCUCUGAAGAAAUUGAAGGAUUACUCUGGCAUGAUCGGGCGAUGGGCGACGGUGCUGCAGAGCAUGGACUUUGACAUCCGUCAUCGGAAGCACGAGAGACACGGGAAUGCGGACGGACUGACACGAUUGCACCGGCCUGAGAAAGUUCCGAAGAAUGAGGAGGUGAUUCCGUGGAACGAACCCGAACAGGAGCUCGGACCUCGGUACGGCCAAGUGGAGAUCUUAUCGAAGCAGACUAACGUGGAGGGAGAUCUUCUUGGCUUUCUCUUUGGAUCGGUACGGCCGGGUCGCCGCCAGUUGAUUGCGCAGGAGCUCAUCGCGCCGAUCGUGCAAUUGGCGGACGAUCUCUCGCCCGACAUCUAUUCGCAAAGUGACGACAGUCCUGCUCCAUACAUUCUCGAGCGAUCGCUGGAUCCGUACCUUCAGUGCACUCCGUGCUUGGAGGAACCCAGGGACGAGGAUACGCUACCAUCGCGGCAGGAGUAUUUGAAGCCCUACGACAUCAUACCUCACGCCUUCUAUCCCAAGGAGGAGGUAGUGGUGAUCGACGACGAAGAAGAAGACGACUACGAGGAAACGUCGGAGGAGGGAAGUUAUAGCGAAUAUAGCGAGGGUGAGCUGAGUAAAGAAGAAGAAGAAGAGGGGGGAGAAGGAACCGAGUCUGAGUGGGAAGCCUUGCCGGAGGAAGCAACAUGCACAGGCACGGAGGUGGAAGAUCCGGAGGCAGCGCGAAGGCGCGAAGAAAUUGUCACCGGCAAGCGACAACUGGAGUUCGCCAGCGGAGCCAGCCUGCACAUCGGCAACGAUCCGACUAGGGAUCCGGAGCCGCCAAAGCCCGACGAUGGUGACCCUGCAGCCGCCACCUCAAGUACCGCGCGACGAUGACGGAGCCGAUCCUCCUCCUCCUCUAGCGCCACCCGUCCCCCAAUUCGCCCACGUACCGAUGCGGGCGAUAGGCCUUCGUCCUCGCAUGCUAUCCCACCGA